UGGAACAGUUCAUACUUGAUUAAAAUAUGGAGUUGAAAAUGUUCCAUGGUUUUGACAAGUUGUUUUCACGUAAACUUUAAACUUUUCCAGGUAUAAUCAGUGACACAUCACAAUUGUUAAUUGUUUGGUAAACUGUGACUUCUUGCAGCAGAGAAGUUAGUGGUCCUUGUUCUUGUGCCUCUGACUAAUAUGUUACUACCUGGACUGGACUGUAAAAAUCUGUGGAGACAGUGCUGAUCUGAGGAACAGAAUGGCUGAGGCAGACCCAUUUUUAGCAGAUGGCAAUCAGGAGUUAUUUCCCUGUGAAGUCUGUGGAAGACGCUUUGCAGCAGAUGUUCUGGAAAGGCAUGAUCCAAUAUGUAGAAAACUCUUCAACAAAAAGCGUAAGCCUUUCAAUUCCCUGAAGCAAAGAUUACAGGGCACCGAUAUACCUACCGUGAAGAAGGCACCUCCGUCCCAGCUGCUACAGACUCAACCUGUGAGGAAAUCUAAUUGGAGACAACAACAUGAAGACUUCAUCAAUGCAAUUCGAUCAGCAAAGCAGUGUACAAUAGCCAUUAAAGAGGGACAGCCCCUUCCGCCUCCACCCCCUCCGUCCAUCAACCCAGACUAUAUUCAAUGCCCCUACUGCAUGAGGAGGUUUAACGAAACUGCAGCCCAACGACAUAUUAAUUUCUGCAAAGAUCAGUCUUCUCGCCGAGUCUUUGAUCCUGCCCAGACAGCAGCCAAACUGGCAUCCAGAGCUCAGGGUAAGAUUCAGAUGGGUCCCAAAAAGGAACCAACUCUUACCAGUGCUGUGGGGGCUUUGCUACAGAACCGAGCCCUGGAGGCUGCCAUGAAUGGGGGGAGCUCACUGAGGUCAGGAUUAUCUGUGGAUCCUGCUGCUGGGGCAAAACUCAAACAGGGAUUCAGUAAAUCUAAAAAAGAAUAACUCCUGGAGGCCAGACUUGCUCCCUAAAAGUCACCAGCCUGGAUUAUUAUGUCCCCAGAAGCCACAACGGGGAAGGAGAUGUCUUAUGUAGGCCCUGAUUUCUUUUCAAGGCAUCAUCCAGAACAAGUAAAACUUAACUUCAACUUCCAUCCUUUGCUAUCUUCACAAAAUCAUUAAACACAUCAACCUGU